AUGGACCCCAGCGACACUUUCUUUUUAAAUAUUGGAGCCAAAACAACCAAACUCUGGAAAUCUGAGGAGCAGUUUCUCUCCUCUUAUGUGUUAACAACUCCAAAGUUAGUGUCUAGACUUAAGUGCGAUAAAACUCUUACCACCAGUUCACUUACGGAAUGCUUGAGCAAGUUUCUCAUUUCUCUCUGGUACGUAUAUCAGAUGGAUGUGGCAGGGCGAGUUAUUCUGCUUUUUGAUCCUGACGAACAUCCCCAGUUCGGAUACAUUUGUCUUAAGAUCCUGGGAACGUUGGGGUUGUCGCGAUACCCGUGUCCGCCUGUCGUCUCCACGGAGUCCCUCCCGCUCUUCGUCGCUCAUCUCCACGGCACGAGUGAGGCGACGAUCGUUGUCGAUCUCGGCCACGCCUGCACCCGCGUCAUGCCGGUUUGCCAUGGGAUCGUUAUGUUUGAUCACAUUUCAUACUGCGCUGGUCUGUGUGUCGUGCCUUCCCCUGAAGCUAGCUUUGGAGAGCUUUUGAAUCAAAUUUACGAAAACGAAAUGGUAGAUUUUCCAGAGUGUCUUACAAAUUUAGAACAUCUAUUCUCUACUGCCCACUAUUUCUUUGCGCUUGAAGAGUCCAUACAGGACGUUUGCGCUUGGAGUCGUAGACAUUUCGUGGCGUCUUGUAUGGGUGCCGUAACAAUUUGCGGUGGUGGUAGUGACAUUCCCAGCCUGCGUCAUUUAUUGUGUGUUAUAGUCCAGAGAUGUACACCUUACGGUCGAAUCCUCUGGAGCUGA